AUGGAUGAAUCAUCACCAGGCACCGUGUCAUACCACUCCUAUCAACGAUCUCUGCGCCGCGAUGUUGAAAGUGGUGGAACCAAAGACGGUGGUGUGGCUGUUUUGGGAGCAGCUGGUUUUACUUUGGCUAAUUCAACUGCUGUAGCUACCGUAAAUAGUCAUGUUGGCAGCAUCAGCGGUGGAGGCUGUGGGGGUGGUGGCAGUGGAGGAGGCUAUGGCGGCGGUGGUGAGGGCGGUGUAGGAGGUUAUGGUGGUGGUGGAGUAUUUUGA